UUAAAAUAAUAAGCAGCACUUCUGUUACCUCAGACCCUGAAGAUUUUCGUCUACUCAGCAGAAUAUUUGCAAAAUUUUUCAAAACUCUCGGCAGAAAAAUCAGAGAAUUUUUCUCCGCAAAAUUUUCCCCAAAAUUGACAUGUUUACAUACUUAUAUUUGGCACAAAUUUGUUUCACAAGCAAAUUGUUGAAGACGUUGACAUGAGUAUGGUCAAUAUUUUAUUAUAUCAACAUUGAUACUAACUUGAUAGUUAUUAUUUUCACAUAAGUACAUACUUAUCAAUAUUAUUUUUCUUAUUCAAGGCAAUCAUUUCCAAGGAUGUCGCGUACAACUAGUUUUUUUAUACAGCUUCAUAUUAUUAUUGUUCGGUGUGUACUUAUACUUCGGUACUUGGACGUAUAAAUUCCAAACGAGAAUAAUAAACAAGGCAAGCGUACCGGUCCACGCAGGACCUGCAGAAUGCUUCGGAAUUGCGCUGUCCUCAAAGAAUGAGGAACAAGAACGUUCUAAUUAUCACGUGACGAAAAAUUCCACCAUAACUAACUGGACAUUCAAUGAAACCUCGCCAACAGUCCUGCUCUGGGCAUAUUAUCCUCAUAGGGACCCGCUUAACAUAUUAGGAGAUGCGGAUAAGAGUUGCCUAGGUGAAUGUCAUAUUACCUCGGAUCGAUCCCUCUUAAACUCUACUUCCGCAGUAGUAUUCCAUUCAUCAGAAAUGACAUGCCAAAAAACCGGCACGAGGAUCAAGUCUGGGUCUACCUCAAUCGUGAAUCUCCAGUUUAUAUCGAGGAAGAUUUGACCCCUUACGCCAACCUAUUCAACUGGACAAUGACGUAUCGAACCGAUUCUGACGUUGUGUACCCAUAUGGUGUCAUUGUGGACGAAGAUGCCACACAGGACCGUAUGAGUAGACAACUAAUCAAUUCAGAUUAUUCAAAUUGGAUUGAGUUUACAAGGAAGAAAACCAAAUUAGCUGCAUGGGUCGUCACUCACUGUGAGACGGACGGCAAGCGUGAAAAUCUUGUGGAGGAACUACGACAAUUUUUGGACAUUGAUAUAUUUGGUGGAUGCGGGAACUACACGUGUCCUCGAGAGACAGACAUGUGUUUUAAGCUUAUCGAGGAAAAUUACAAAUUUUACCUCUCCUUUGAAAAUUCAUUUUGCGAUGAUUACAUCACAGAAAAAUUUUUCUUUAUGCUAAAUCGCACAAUUAUUCCAGUCGUAUUUGGCGGAGGAGAUUAUGCCCGCAUUUCUCCCAGACACUCGCACAUUGACGUGAGGGAUUUUACCAGCGUGGGAAAACUCGCCGAGUAUUUGAUCUACCUGGACAGGAAUCACAGAAUAUAG